AUGCCCCCGCAACCCGAACUUCCCGAGCCAGCGCAUCCAGAAGUAGAUUCAAUGCUGAGCCGUAAAUUCGGAAAGGAAGUUGCUAACUACUUCUCUGGCUCUCCACUCAAUCGCGUAGGCUUCCUGCGCCCCGACCAUCAGUUCCUCACCUCGGCACUCCACCAUCCCAGCAGUGUUUUCCUGCCAUUCAAAAACCUCGAACCCCUCACAAAGUCCGGUACGGAACUUGCACGCUGCGGCUUCUCUGAUGUCAAGCCAGUCAUUGGUGAGAACCCAUUCGAGAAGUCUGAGGAGGAAGUCAUCGCACAGUACAACUCUAGUCUGUAUGUUCCGCAGAUUAUCUUCUUGGGUCUCGAUGAGCGACAAGAUGGCUUUACAUACAAAGAGCACUAUAAGGGACAGCCGUGGUUUGCUGUCGACGUUACACCUAGGGAAAGUGUGAAGGAGAAGGCAGACGAGGUGCUGGAGAAAUUGACAAGCACGGGUCUGGAAUUCAGUAAAGGAAGAACGAAUUUGAAUCUGCAGGCUCAGGAAGCGGCCAUCUACGCUGAAGCCCGACACCUCCUCGACUGGAACGCACGGAACCCCUUUUGCGCUUCUUGCGGCUACAAAACUCUGUCCGUAAACGCCGGUUUCAAGCGCACUUGCCCACCAAAAGACAUUGCGUCCGAAGUCAACCAAGGCGAACGCCCACCCUGCGCAACCCGAACCGGCAUUUCGAACCUCUGUUUCCCUAGAACAGACCCUACAGUCAUCAUGGCCGUUGUAUCCGCCGAUGGUAAGAAGAUUCUACUAGGACGUCAAAAGCGCUGGCCUCCCAACUGGUACUCCACUCUGGCCGGUUUCCUGGAACCCGCCGAGAGCGUCGAAGAAGCCGUACGUCGCGAAGUCUGGGAGGAAUCUGGCAUUCAUCUCGGUCGUGUUGUUAUUCACAGCACUCAGCCUUGGCCUUAUCCUGCUAACCUCAUGAUUGGUGCUGUCGGGCAGGCGAUCCCAGAUGGAGAGACGAUUCAUCUGGGACAUGACGCCGAGCUGGAAGAUGCGAAAUGGUUCACGGCAGAGGAGGUUAGGGAGGCGCUACGCGUGGGUACUAGUGGACUUGGAGAUGAUGCUGGCCCAGAGUACAAAGAGGGUGGGCUGAGAUUGCCGCCGAAAACUGCGAUUGCGAACCAGCUCAUGACGGCCGUUGUUAACGGGUUCGCUAGUGGAAGUCCAAUGAUCUAG